CCUCACUGUUCCUUACCCCUCAUUGACCCCACUCUCUCUGCUGAAAAUGAAAAUAUAAAUGAACUUUAUGCUCAUCAAGACCUUCAAAAUAUUGGGUCUUUUCUUCUUCAACUUGUCUUCUUCAGCUAUACUCACCCCGUAUAAAUUCAAUCCACAAUUCCCAAUUCCAGUCUUGCCCCUCUCUUUCAUAUAUUCAAAAAAAUUUAAUAUACAGAUACUUUGGAAAAGAUGCCAGCUUGGUGGAAGAAAAGAUCUAGCAGAAGUAAAGAUUCGGAAAGGGAGAAAGACAAUUCUGCGAGAGCUUCGUCAAUUGAGAAUGGUAAGAAGACGGGGAAAGAAAAUAAAGAUAAUAAAGCCAAGAGCUUUGACGAGGUUUCUGGAAUUGUUUUGCUACAGAAACAAUCGAAAAACUCACCAAGAAAUAGCAGAGAUUAUGCUGCUAUAGGAAGAGAAGAAAUAGGGUCUUCGGGGUUUUCGGGAUUUGACUCUGCUUCGUAUGGGGAUAUAGGGCACCCCUUACCGAUGCCUGUUGAGUCAUCAACUGACCACGUUCAGAUUCACGGAGUUGGGUCAGGAUCUGGGUCGGGGUUUUCCAGCAUCGGUUCAUCCGGGUCAACUGAUGAUCAAACCCAUGUUGUUUUUGAUCAAAUUGCUUUCAGAAAUGGAGAUAACAAAUCGAGUCCAGUGAUGCGAAGUCCUGGUCGAGUAUCUAGGGGGAUUACCACUACCACCUCGCCUCUCCACCCACGAUUUGGUGGUAUUAAUUUGGAUUCCCCCACUGGGAAAUUGGAAGAUGGAAAGAGUGAAUGUCAUAGGCUGCCCCUUCCACCUGGUUCUCCCCCCAGUCCUUCUGCCUUGCCAACCCCAAGAAGUCCUGGGAGAGCUGAGAACUCAAGUAUUAUUUCAUCGAAAUGGAGGAAAGGGAGGCUUCUAGGAAGAGGCACCUUUGGUCAUGUUUACCUUGGAUUUAACUGUGAAAAUGGACAAAUGUGUGCAAUAAAAGAAGUCAGGGUUGUUUCGGAUGAUCAGUCAUCAAAAGAAUGUCUGAAGCAGUUGAAUCAGGAGAUUACCUUGCUCAGUCAGCUUUCACAUGUGAACAUUGUUCAAUAUUAUGGAAGUGACUUGAGCGAAGAAACAUUGUCAGUUUAUUUGGAGUACGUUUCUGGAGGUUCCAUCCACAAAUUACUGCAAGAAUAUGGGGCCUUUGAGGAGCCCGUAAUACAAAAUUACACUAGACAGAUUCUCUCAGGACUCGCUUACUUGCAUGGAAGAAAAACAGUGCACAGAGAUAUCAAAGGAGCAAAUAUAUUGGUAGAUCCUAAUGGUGAAAUUAAACUUGCUGAUUUUGGCAUGGCAAAACAUAUAAAGUCCUGUUCUUCGAUGCUAUCUUUCAAAGGAAGUCCUUAUUGGAUGGCACCGGAGGUUGUGAUGAAUACAAAUGGUUACAGCCUCGCAGUGGAUAUCUGGAGCUUAGGAUGCACAAUUCUCGAAAUGGCUACGUCAAAACCGCCAUGGAGCCAAUAUGAAGGGGUUGCUGCGAUAUUUAAAAUUGGAAACAGCAAGGAUAUGCCAGAGAUUCCAGAUCACCUAUCUAAUGAUGCAAAAAGUUUCAUAAGGUUAUGUUUGCAGAGGGAACCAGCUGCAAGGCCCACAGCUUCUCAACUACUGGGUCAUCCUUUUGUUGGAAAUCAAACUACAAUGAGAGCUGCCAAUGCCAAUAUAACAAGAGAAGCCUUUCCUCGUGCUUUUGAUGGGAGCCGCACUCCAACGGCUCUGGAGAUGCAGUCCAGCAGACUGAAUUACUUUUCCUUCGAUAGAGAUGAUGGAUCAAGAUCACCGGUGCCAAGGACAUUAGUAAGCCCAAGGGAAAGUGCAAGAACAAUAACUUCGCUGCCCGUAUCUCCCUCCUCAAGCCCACUAAGACAUUAUGGACCAGCACAUAAGAGUUGUUUCAUAUCUCCUCCAAGCCCUUCGUAUCCUUGUGUGGGGCAAACUAGUAGUAAUUUUGGUGACCACUUGGUAUUUCCAGUAAGGCCAAUCACAAGGAAUACACUUGAUCCCUGGCUUGAAAUACCUCAAUUUAAAUCCCAAAUGCCUGUUAGAUCGCCCACGAGAACCAUUCUAUAGAAGUCCCAAACGUGCAAUAGAAUCUUGAUCCUAUUCUGCAGCUCAACCAUGUGCAGUGAAAUUUCGAAAUUGCUCAACAUGCCUAAUAUGCUGCAGAAGAAUUGUCCAUUAAAUCUACGCUAUGAUUUGGCCAAAUUCAAUGACGACGUGUAAUUUGAGAGGUUCUUAUUUCUCUACUGCUGCAUACAAGAUGGGAAGUAAUUGUGAGGUAGACGAGUUCCAUUUUCGCUGGUACCGUAAUCUGUAAUUAGCUCUUCUUGAUCUUCUUGUAAAUAGAUAUGGCCAUCUUAUCAUGUAUGGUAGUGAAAUGACUGGUGCAGAUGGAAAUAUGUACUGAAGAAUUAUCAUUCUAUCAAAUUGCUUUCAAAGUUGGUCUUUUUAA